AAUUCAUGGAUUGCCAUCAUCCUAUUGCAGCUUUAAUUCUUUUCAUUGUCUUCACUGUUGCUGCUGCUGAUGGCAACCAUAACGACGGUGGGAGUAUUUUGGGAGCUUCUUAUAUCUUCGGUGAUUCUUUGGUGGAUGCCGGAAAUAAUAACUUUUUGCCGACUUUAUCUAGAGCUAACAUCAAACCUAACGGGAUUGAUUUUAAACCGUCCGGAGGCAAACCUACCGGCCGUUACACUAACGGAAGAACCAUCGGAGACAUCGUCGGCGAAGAAUUAGGCCAACGAUACUAUGCGGUGCCGUUUUUGGAUCCAAAUUCCACCGGAGAAGCUAUAUUACACGGUGUGAAUUAUGCCUCCGGCGGUGGAGGGAUUAUGAACGCCACCGGAAGAAUUUUCGUUAAUCGAUUAUCAAUGGACAUCCAGAUCGAUUAUUUCAACAUCACAAGGAAACAGAUUGAUAAACUACUGGGUGCAUCGAAAGCGAAGGAACACAUCAUGAAGAAAUCAAUCUUCUCAGUGUCGAUUGGGUCUAACGACUUUCUCAACAAUUAUUUGCUUCCUGUUCUCUCGAUCGGAGCUAGGGUUUCACAGAGCCCCGACGGUUUCGUGGAUGAUCUUAUUAGUCACCUCCGGUCUCAGCUUACUAGACUUUAUCAAUUGGAUGCACGAAAAUUCAUCAUCGGAAAUGUGGGGCCGAUAGGAUGCAUUCCGUAUCAGAAGACGAUCAAUCAGUUAAACGAGGACGAAUGUGUGGCGUUGCCGAAUCAACUCGCACUUCGAUACAAUUCUAAAUUGAAGGAUUUGAUUGCACAAAUGAACGAUAAUCUCCCCGGAGCUACUUUUGUUCAUGCCAACGUGUACGACUUAGUCAUGGAGCUCAUCACCAACUAUGCCAAAUACGGGUUUAAAACGGCGAGUAAAGCGUGCUGCGGGAAUGGUGGUCAGUAUGCAGGGAUAAUACCAUGUGGUCCAACAUCGACUUUGUGUACGGACAGAGAUAAACAUGUAUUCUGGGAUCCUUAUCACCCUAGCGAAGCUGCGAAUGUGCUCAUCGCCAAGCAAUUGCUGGAUGGCGACCCAAAAUAUAUAUCUCCGAUGAAUCUGAGGCAACUUCGGGAUCUAGAUCACUAGCUACGAUGAUCAACCAUUAGUUAACCGGUGCUAGUUUCCGUUUUGUAUGGUGGAUAUGAUGUUGAUGUUUCAAUUGUAAUGGUUAUUUUGUGUACUUUAUGGUUGAUUUUAUACAUGUAUAUGGGUCGGAGCACGUGAAUAAUCGAAAAAGAUU